AACCCCAGUUAGCAGUCAAUUUUGUAACUCAGAAAACGAAUGGACAUAUAAACUCCUAUGGUCCUCCUCAAUUUGCCAGCAUUUCUGACAGUUGCUUGCUCUUUUCACACUAAACCCCUCUCCUCGUCCUACCACCUCUCCAAAGCCUAACAUAUAGGUACACGACGCUUUAUAAACCAAUAUUCUGCACCUGCAAAUCACCAGUAAACAAACAGAAAUCCUAAUUGCAUCAAAACCCACCUCAUAUUUCGUCAUGUCAUCAUCAUCUUCUUCUUCUUCUUCUUCUUCUUCUUCUUGUUCUUCUUCUUCUUCUGCUCUCCAAUGGCUAAGCCUUGUGGGAAUCAUAUGGCUUCAGUCCAUCAAUGGAACGAACACCAACUUCCCAGCUUACUCCUCCCAGCUCAAAAACGUCCUCUCCAUGUCCCAACUACAGCUCAAUAACCUCGCCUUCGCCUCAGAUGCCGGAAAACUCCUCGGAUGGUUUUCCGGCAUUGCUGCCAUCCACUUACCCCUGUGGAUAGUCCUCAUGAUCGGUUCGCUACUGGGGUUUAUCGGGUAUGGCGUCCAGUUCCUCUUCAUCACAAACCAAAUCCCAUCGCCAUCCUAUUGGCAGAUUUUCCUGUUAACUGUUAUGGCUGGAAAUAGCAUUUGCUGGAUCAACACUGUGUGCUAUGUUGUCAGCAUUAGAAACUUCCCAUGUCAUCAACAAAUUGCCGUGGGGAUAACAACAAGUUACCAAGGAUUGAGCGCCAAGAUUUAUACAGAUAUUGUUGGCGCUGCAUUUUCGUCUUCGCCUCACAGAAGAGCCAAGGCCUACUUACUUCUCAACUCUCUCUUGCCACUUGUUGUGUGUGUUAUCGUCGCGCCAUUGGUUAGAGACAUUGAUCUGAUGGGAAGGCAAAGUAACAUGGAAGCCGGGUUUGUUUUUAUGUUCGUCAUAACAAUUGCUACAGGAAUCUACGCGGUGAUUAGCAGUUUAGGGUCGAUUUCUAGCGGGUUCUCUCCUUUGCAUAAUGUAAUAGGAACCGGAUUGUUCCUAUUAGUCCCAUUAGUAAUCCCGGUUGUGGAUAAAAUGAGAGAAGUAUUUUCAAAAAAAUGGAACAUAAAAAGAGAGAGAAGAGUGUAUAAUUUUACCAUAGAUGAGAAGAACAACGAAACGGGGAGCUUAGAGAAUGUGGGAGUGAAAGAGGGAGAAGAAUUAGAUGCUAGACAAGUUCUUGAAGUUGGUUGUAGGGAGGAGAUUGGAGUGAAGUUGAUGGUGACAAGGAUUGAUUUUUGGUUAUAUUUCUUUGUUUAUUUGUUCAGUGCAACACUUGGGUUGGUGUUCUUGAACAACUUGGGACAGAUUUCAGAGUCCCGGGGAUCGUCUAGGACUUCUUCUUUGGUCUCUUUAUCCUCUUCAUUUGGGUUUUUUGGCCGUCUCAUGCCUUCUCUUUUGGACUACUUCUUCUCAAGGAGUAAGUAUAUGAUUUCAAGGCCAGCAUUAGUAGUUGCAUUAAUGACACCAAUAGCAGGAGCCUUCUUCUUGCUUCUCAACCCAGCCAACCUCUCACUUUUCAUCAGCACAGCAAUUAUAGGAGUCUGUACUGGAGCUAUUACUUCAAUCGCAGUGUCCAUAACCACAGAGCUGUUUGGGACCAAGAGUUUCUCAGUGAACCACAAUGUGGUGGUGGCCAACAUAUCAAUCGGGUCUUUUGUGUUUGGAUACUUGUCUGCUAUUCUUUACCGCAAAGAAGGAAAUCAUGACGGUGACGGGAAGUGCAUGGGAAUGGCUUGCUACAAAAGCACUUUUAUUAUAUGGGGCUGCCUUUGUUUUCUGGGAACUGGCUUAGCUUUAAUGCUCUAUGCACGAACACGAAAGUUCUACUCCCAAAGAUCAUUAAAUAUGUGAUUUUUAGGGUUUUAAUGCUUUGGCAUUUUUCUUUUUCUUAAGAAAACUUAUUGGUAAAAAGAAAAGAAAAGAAAAGUACAGAUACUAAUACAGUGCAGAAACCGGUUAGAUGUUGAUCUAACUUUGUAAGCUGUAGAUUAAUGACAAACCAGUAUUGUAACUAUUGUUACACAAAUAUUAUUAUUUUCUGCUUA